AUGGCGACAUCCACUGGUGUUCGAAAACCACAUUCCUCAUGUAAAAAAUUUUGUAAUAAAUUUCGUAGUGAUACAUCACCUGAUCCAUCGCGUUUAUCAAUUCGUAUAAAUGAUACAAAUACAUAUGAAAAUACACCAUCACCAUCAUCAGUUGCAUCGACAAGUACAAUUGAACAAUCAUUAAAAGAUCGUCAUCGGAUAUUAUCAUCAACUUUAAAAAAUGAUCUUUCACAUAUGCCGAAUAAACGUCGAUCUCGUUUUGAAAGACUUUUUCAUCAUACACAAUUAGUUAAUAAACAAUAUAUGAUUACAAUGACAAAUAUAUUAUAUAGAAUGCAGAGGGAAAUUCAUAAAUUAAAACGACGUACACAUCGUGUUGAACAUUCUGUUGUUAAAAAUACGAAACCUGCUCAACCAGUCAUUCGUAUUCCUCGUUUGACAAAAGAUCAACUUUCAACAAUUUAUAUCUAUGAUGAUGAAGAGGAGGAGGAGGAGGAGGAAAAAGUUUUAGAAGAGAAUGAAACUAUUCCGGAUAUUAAUAAUAAUAAUGAUGACAAUAAUAUAGAACAUAUAAAAUCUAAAUCAACAAAAGCUCUUAAACGUUUAAAAAAUAAACAUAAAACUACUUCAAAAGAUUCGUUACCAUUACCGAAAAAAUUUGGGCCAUCUGUUUGGGUAAAUAAUCGACAAAAACCUAUUGAUCCAACUAAAUAUUGUUCAAUAUGCAAUCAUGAAUAUUCAAGACGAUCAAAUUUCUUAGUACAUAUUAGAAAUAUUCAUAAAGGAAAACUACCACCAUUAGUAGAUGAACAAGAUCAAUCUUUAUUGGAAAUGAAUGAAGAAAAUCAUGAGAAAAGUGAUCAUGAAGAUAGUAAUGAUCCUCAAGAUAAUAUAAUACGUGAUCAAUCAGUUGUUGUAUUUGAUGAUGAUACCGAACCAUUACAAACUUUAAAUAAACAAUGGAAUAUAGAUCAGGAUGAACAAAUAACAAAAAAAUCUUCAAAACGUAAUAAAGCUAAAUGUAAUAUUUGCAAUAAACGUUAUCGUACAGAUUAUCUUUCAAAACAUAAAAGACUUGCUCAUCCUGAACAACAAAUCUUAGCAGCUUUAAAUGAAAUAAACAAUAAUUCCGGUCAAAAAAAAUCUAUUUCUGAUAAAUCAAAUGAUGAAUUUUCUUUAUCAAAAGAAAAUUCUACAUUAACCGAUGAAUCAAGUCUAAGAAAUGUUAUUACACCAGCAACAAUUACAAUCGCUGAAAUGGAUACCGAUGAUGUGCCAAUUCUGUUUCGCACUGAUCCUAAUCGGCCAAUUGUUAUUGCUGUUACAUGUCUUGAAGCUUAUCAAAUAGAAUUUGUUGAUAAAUUUUUGGAAAAAUAUCCAUCUGCUUGUCAAACAACAUCCAUUGAUUCUCGAACAACACAUUUAAUAACAAAUGAUGAACAUAAUCCAUUACGUUCACCAUUAUCAAUGAAAUUAAUUGAAGCUAUUGCACAUCAUUGCUAUUGUGUAUCAUACCGUUGGAUUCAAGAUUCUGUUAAAUGUGAUCGUCUUAUGGAUGAAUCACCUUAUGAAAUUGAAGGUGAUGAUACGGAUGUUCAUCCACAUGGUGGUCCGCAUCGUUCACGUUUAAUAUCAAAACGUCAUUCACUUUUUCAAAAUAUUUGUUUUAUGAUAAAAUGUACAGAAAAUUCUGAUAUACAAAUGACAAAUGAACGUUUAGAAGAUUUAAUAACAACAUGUGGUGGUCAAAUAAUAACAUGUGUAACACAACGUUUACUUGAUAAAUAUCAAAUUAUUGUUCUAUGUGAUAUGUUAUAUGUUUCUGAAAGACGUAAUAAUUAUGAUCAAUGCCGUUCAUUAGGAAUACAUUUUGUAUCAUCUGAUUGGGUGCUUGAAUCAAUUCUUGAAUAUCGUCGAAAACCAUUUUCUUUAUUCGAAGAAGUACCAUUGUGA